AUGUGCUUUGGAAGGAAACCCGCAGACCCAGAGUCUAGGCGAAAUGAAGACAUCGAGAAGAACCUCCGCGUGGACAGGAAGAAGGCAGAGCGCGAAGUGAAGCUCCUGCUGCUCGGUGCCGGUGAGAGUGGCAAGUCCACGGUCCUCAAACAGAUGCGAAUCAUCAACGCGGGCGGCUUCCAAUCCCCAGAGCGCAAGUCAUGGCGCGCCACCAUCUUCAACAACCUGGUCUCGGCCUUCCAGACCAUCUACUCGGCCAUGCAAGAGGAUGACACGGAUUUCGAGGACGAGGACAACAUUCGAUAUUCCGAGUUGGUCAACGCGGCGCCUGAUAUCGGUACCGAGGAGCCAAUGCCCGAAGAGUUCCUCACAGCCUUCAACUGCCUAUGGGCAGACAAGGGCGUGCAGUUGACCAUACUGAAGGGUAAUCAAUAUGCGCUGCAUGACAAUUUGAGCUACUUCUUUCAAGACAUCGAGCGACUAUUUGCGCGAGACUUCCUCCCUACCGAUCAAGACAUUCUGCGCACGCGAUUACGAACCACUGGUAUCUCAGAGACCAUCUUCGAACUCGGCAACCUCACGUACAAAAUGGUCGAUGUGGGCGGUCAACGGUCGGAGCGAAAGAAGUGGAUCCACGUAUUCGACAACGUGCAAGUAGUGCUAUUCCUCGUCGCUAUUAGCGGUUACGAUCACGUUCUUGUAGAAGACAGAAACGGGAAUCAAAUGCACGAAGCCUUGAUGCUUUUCGAAUCGAUAUCGAACUCCAAGUACUUCGAAAAGUCCGCCCUGAUCCUCUUCCUUAACAAGAUCGAUCUGUUCCGAGAAAAGAUAGCAGGAGGCAUGAGCCCCAUCAGCAAGGUGUUCCCAGACUACACCGGCCAGCCCACGGAUAUCGAAGCCGGCAUGGAAUUCUUUGCACACAAGUUCCGCAACCUCGUCCGACAACCGAAAAAGGAGGUCUACGUGCACUACACAAACGCAACAGACACAGAUUUGCUGAAGAAGACGAUGGCUUCGGUACAGGAUAUGAUCGUUCAGCGCAACCUCAACGCCCUCAUCCUGUGA